AUGGGAUUGUGGCUCUAUAGUGUAGCAUCUAUUUUUCUAUGCAUUUUUCUUCAAGCCAUUUUCAAUGCAAUCCGCAACAAGAAGCUACCACCAAGCCCUCCGACCAUACCUUUCAUAGGUAACAUCUUAUGGCUCCUAAAGUCAUCAAAAAAUUUUGCGGAACUUGAACUUGUCCUUCGUUCAUUACGUUCCAAAUAUGGUGACAUUGUUACCAUAUUCAUAGGUUCAAGACCUUCAAUUUUUAUAACAUCCCACGAAGUCGCUCAUAGAGCACUUGUUAAAAAUGGUACGGUUUUUGCUAAUCGUCCCGCAACUCUUCUAACAACCAACAUUUUCUUCCCAAAACAACGCACUAUUAGUCAAUCCCCUUAUGGUCCCAUUUGGAAAUUAUUGCGCCAAAAUUUCAUGCAAGCAACUCAGCCUUCUCGAUUAAAUUCCUAUUCUCGUUGUCGUAAAUGGGCAUUAAAUAUUCUGAAGAAAAAUAUUUUAGCGGACAUUGAACUAGGAAACAAGGCAAUACAUAUUGAUGAUUAUUUCAAUUUUGCAUUGUAUACUUUGUUCACAUACAUGAUAUGGGGGGAGAAAUUUGAUAAAGAAAUCGUUGAGAGUAUUCAAAGGGUACAACAUUGUUUAAUUUACAAUUUCAUUAAGUUCAAUGUGUUGAAUUUUGCACCAAUGUUGUCUAGGUUUGUGUUUAGAGGAUUAUGGAGAGAGAUCAUGCAAAUUCGUGAAAAUCAAAUGAAUGUGUUUCUUCCUAUUAUAAAAGCACGCCAAGAGAAAAUAAAAAACAAGAUUAAUGUUGGCAUCGAAGAUGAAGAUAAGGAAGAUUUUGAGGCAUAUGUUGAUACUCUUUUUGAUCUAAAACUUCCAGAAAGUGGGGAGAAUUUUAAUGAUGAAGAGUUAGUGAGUAUGUGUUCUGAAUUUAUGCUAGGUGGAACAGACACAACAGCUACCACAUUGUUAUGGACCAUGGCUAAUUUAGUAAAGAAUCAAAAGAUUCAAGAGAAACUUUAUGAUGAAAUUAAGGAAGUUGUGAAACACAACGAAGAAAUUGAAGACGAACAUUUGAAAAGGAUGCCUUAUUUGAAGGCAGUGGUGUUAGAAACAUUUAGGAGACAUCCACCAGGUCAUUUUAUAUUGCCUAGGGCAGUUAUACAAGAGACUAUUUUCGAUGGUCAUAAAAUACCAAAAAAUGCGAUGAUUAAUUUUCCUGUGGCCGAAUUUGGAUGGGACCCUAGUGUGUGGGAAAAUCCUAUGGAGUUUAAGCCUGAAAGAUUUUUGAGUGAAGAAAAUGCUAAUUUUGAUCUAAAAGGGAUCAAAGAGAUUAAAAUGAUGCCUUUUGGCGCAGGCAGAAGGGUUUGUCCAGCAAUUAAUAUUGCAACAUUUCAUCUUGGGUACUUUGUGGCUAAUUUUGUGAGAGAUUUUAAAUGGACAAUUCAAGAUGGGUGUGAGGUUGACUUGAGUGAGAAACAAUCCUUUACUAUUGUGAUGAAGAAUCCAUUAAAACCAUGUUUGUCUCCAAGAAUCACUUAA